CGCCGGGACGCGACGAGGACCUGCCGCAGCCUGCGUCUGAAUCUGCGAGAGACGACGGGAUCUGCAGGUCUAACAGAAGGAAACAAAGAAAACAAAAACGGAAAGAAGAAAGAAGCCCGCUGUGCGUGGCAGCAGGCGGCGGAUACGUCUCUCUCGCAGCGCGUCGUCUCAGUCGGCGUCUCUCGUCGCUCACCACCGCAAGCCUCGUGCGAGCCUUCGCCCGCCACCGCGCACGCCCAAAGCCCGCUUCUUGUCGUCGUCGUGUCCACCGGCAUCAGCCUCACCGAUAAGGCUCCCUGCGCGCCAACGAGCGCUGCCAGAGGGGACCCGACAACGACCGAGAAUAGACGGCCGGCGCCCUAAGCCUAUCUGGGACCCGGCGCCUUGGGGCUCAGUCCCCAAAAGAAUCGUCCUCGUUGCUGCUCGUCCUGCCGCUCGUCGACGACCUCUCCCGUACACAAAACCAACCCUUUUCCACUCCGCUCCUCCUUCCAACAGCUUUUCCACAGCUCUCCAGCUUCGCUGCGCCUACCCAACCUUGCCUCGGUCCGGCCCCUUAUCCCAGCAAUCUGUGCCAGAUGUCCACCAUCCCAGCGACGAAGAUGGGCGAAGCUCCCAAGCUAGAGAAGAAGCCCGUCAAGUUCAGCAACCUACUGCUUGGUGCCGGAUUGAACAUGUUCGAGGUUACAACACUGGGUCAGCCUCUGGAGGUUGUCAAGACCACGAUGGCUGCUCACCGCAGUGAUGGCUUCGCUGGCGCGAUUAGCAGGGUCUGGGGCCGUGGCGGCGUCUUUGGCUUCUACCAGGGCCUCAUCCCAUGGGCCUGGAUCGAAGCGUCCACCAAAGGCGCCGUCCUCCUCUUCGUCGCCUCCGAAGCCGAGUACUACGCCCGGUCCUUCGGAGCCACGCCCUUUGUCGGCGGCAUCACCGGCGGCAUGGUCGGCGGUCUCGCGCAGGCGUACGCCACCAUGGGCUUCUGCACGUGCAUGAAGACGGUCGAGAUCACCAAGCACAAGGCGGCCGCGACGGGCGAGCGCAUCCCCGGCACGAUGGAGACGUUCAUGAACAUCUACCGCGCCGAGGGCAUCCGCGGCAUCAACAAGGGCGUCAACGCCGUCGCCGUGCGCCAGGUGACCAACUGGGGCUCACGCUUCGGUCUGUCGCGCGUGGCGGAGACGGGCAUUCGCAAGGUGACGGGCAAGGAGCAUGGUGAGAAGCUGGCUGUGCCCGAGAAGAUCUUGGCAUCUGCGCUCGGCGGUGGUUUGUCCGCCUGGAACCAGCCCAUCGAAGUGAUUCGCGUCGAGAUGCAGAGCAAGAAGGAGGACCCCAACCGACCGAAGAAGAUGACGGUGGCGAACACGUUCCAGUACAUCUACAAGACCAACGGCUUGAAGGGCCUCUACCGGGGCGUCACUCCCCGCAUUGGCUUGGGCGUUUGGCAGACGAUUUGCAUGGUUGCUCUUGGUGACGUGGCUAAGGAAUGGGUCGAGAAGGCGACCGGCGAGAAGGUCACUGCUAAGCAUUAGAGCGAACGGCGUUUGGGGCAGUCGAUUUUUCUAUUUUUAUUGCUUGGGUCCACCGUCUGGGCAUCGAAUAAAUCGGGUAUAGACUCUGUCCUGCGAGGAAGCUCUUCAUUCAUCGCCUGUGUUGUAUCGCCAACUUUCUUUGAAAAUUUUUGACAUUCUGCUAUUUGCAAGACUUUUCUUGUAUCGUUGAUAGACUGUCGUGCGCGUCGCAUAUACCGCUUGCAUGUGGAAGCGAAAGGACGGUAAAAAAAAGUUUUACAUCCGGUUUGACCAGACACUG